UGCUUCCCCACCUGCGGUACACCAUGGAAAUUAACCUCCGGGCCAGGACCGGGCUGGUCUCUGACUUAGGAGUUUUUGAUCAGGUGGUGGGCACAGGUGGAGGGGGCCACGUGCAGCUGCUCCAGAGAGCUGGAUCCUUCCUAACCUACCGAUCAUUUUGUCCCCCUGAUGACCUGGCUGACCGGGGGCUCCUGGGAGUCGACUCUUGCUACUAUGCCCAAGACGCACUGCGGCUCUGGGACAUCACAUCUCGGUACGUGGAGGGCAUCGUGAGUCUCCACUAUAAGACAGAUGUGGCUGUGAAAGAGGACCUUGAGCUGCAGACCUGGUGUCGAGAGAUCACUGAAAUUGGGCUGCGAGGGGCCCAGGACCGAGGGUUUCCCACAUCCUUACAGACUCGGGAGCAGGCUUGCCACUUCAUCACCAUGUGUAUCUUCACCUGCACUGGCCAGCAUUCUUCCAAUUUCACUUCAGGGCGCUAUGAGAAAGAAAUGCUUGCCAUCUGUGCUAGUGACUGUGCUGGGAACGUUGAUGAUUACUAA